UCAACUCUGAGGCCGGUUGUACCGCACGCGCGCCGGCUCCGGUUUCGCGUAAACAUUUACGUACAUAACAUUAACUUUUAGGGAAACAUUUGAACAAUAUUUCAGUUAGAAUACACACGUUUAUCAUCGCGCGUUAUCGCGAGUUAACAGCAAAAAGAAGUUUGAUUACAAUUGAAAAAUUGGACAUUACAGUUCGCGCCGUCAUUUGUUUUGAUUAGGAAACAUCGCGUUUCGCCGGUCAUCUAUCACAGAAACCUGGAAGCUGUAUUCUACUUUCUCUCUGGUGUAACCUGGUGGGCGCGCGGCCGCUGGCGGCGUCGCGUCGGCGCGCGCGACUGCAAGCGGUCGCCUCCGCCCGACCAUGCGCGAGCGCGCAGAGUGCGCAGUCCGACCCCGCCGCGCCGGCCGACCGCGCGCAUCAUGCUCAACAUGAAGCUCAAGGAGCGCCUGGCGCUCGCCAUCAGCGCCUUCCUCGUCCUCUUCACCCUCAUGCUGAUCGUCGACAUUCAGAUGGACUAUGGCAUCUCCGGGCAGAGGGUCCCGCUGCAUGGCCGCGUCAAGAUCGGUGACGACACCGACAAGGGGAAGUCGGCGUAUAUUGAAUUUCGGAAACGGUUUUUGCAAAAAAGUAAUGGCAGCAAUAGUUCCCGAGAGUACGAGCCGAGCGAGACGAGCGGCAGCGGCGCUGACGCGGAGCCGCGGACGCCGGCGCCGCCCGCCGACAAAUACGAGGAUCUCCAGCGCAUCGUGGACUCGCAGCGGCUAGGAGCCCACAACCAUGCGGUCGUCAUACCGCCGCAGAAGGACCUCAAUGUGCUGCGGCCUGAGAACCCGACCAUAGGGGAGAUGGAAGACUUGGAACCUAGCGUGAACGCGUCCAACUUGGAGAAGUUCCAGCUGCGGAUAGCGCAGCACGAGCUCUAUGAAGAAGGCGAGCCGCUCGUCGAUGCGGUCGUUAAGGACAUGGUCACGCUGCCUGUGCUACAUGCCGAGCAAAAAGAAGGAGGGACCCAGUUGAAGCUCAUUAUUGACUACCCCAACGGUAUUCAAGCGCUCUUCAAACCAAUGAGAUUUGCGAGAGAUGUACAGACGUUGCCCAAUCAUUUUUAUUUUUCCGACUACGAAAGACACACCGCUGAAAUCGCCGCAUUCCAUCUAGACAGGAUACUGGGAUUUCGACGUGCCAUGCCAGUAGUCGGGCGCGUCCUAAACAUGACUACAGAGAUCUACGAUGUCACCGAGGGUGACAUUCUGAAGACAUUCUUCGUCUCGCCGGCGAACAACUUCUGUUUCCACGGAAAGUGCUCGUACUAUUGCGACACUGGGCACGCCAUUUGUGGGAACCCCGACAUGUUGGAGGGAAGCUUCGCUGCGUUCCUUCCCUCGUCCGACUUAGCUGAACGAAAGGUGUGGCGGCAUCCUUGGAGACGUUCGUAUCACAAAAGAAGAAAAGCCCAGUGGGAGUUGCAGUCAGACUACUGUGACACGGUGAAAACUACGGCGCCAUACGACUCGGGGCGGCGAAUGCUGGACUUGAUGGACAUGUCAAUCUUCGACUUCCUCACCGGCAACAUGGAUCGACAUCACUAUGAAACUUUCAAAAUGUUUGGGAAUGAAACGUUCCCGCUGCACUUGGACCAAGGUCGCGCUUUCGGCAAGGCGUUUCACGACGAGCUGAGCAUCCUGGCGCCGCUGCUGCAGUGCUGCCUCGUGCGGCAGACCACGCUCGCCACGCUACUCAAGUUCCACAACGGCAAACCACUUUCAGCGUCCCUUCGCGACGCCAUGAAGGUGGACCCCGUGACGCCCGUCCUCUGGGAGCCCCACCUGGCGGCCCUGGACCGGCGGACCGCCAUCAUCCUCGACGCCAUCCGCAAGUGCGUCCAAAAAGCAGACGCUCCCGCCGACAACAACGAUGUCAACGACUUCGUAUGACCGCUAAAAACACCUGUGAUGGAACUAAAAGUGUGAUAAAGCUAUGGUCUAAUGGUAACCAGUCUACCCCGGACUUAGACUUAAGAUUUUAGUGCCAAAGAGUAUCCAAAUGACAUUGGGUGAACGUUUGAAGUCAUUCCACUGACUCUGUAAGAAGCCAUUGUACAAGCCAAAAAUGCCGAUUUUUACGCAAUGACCAAUAGGUUUUACAAUUGGAAUCAGUAUUGAUUUGUAGGAAGUUAAAUAUUCUGUGUAUAUUUUAACGGAACUAAAUUAUUGUUAAUGUGUCAUUCUAUGGAACUUGCUAUGUAAAAAAAGUCACUACUAAAUUCAUUCAGAUACAAUUAGAAUAUGGCGGUUUGUUUACAUAGCUAGCAAGUUCUAUAGAAUGACACUUUAGGUUGAUUGCUGAUGGCUUGAUUGUGUUUGUUCAGGGGUCCCAGAAAUGUAAAGAUGGGAAUGUUUGACCCUUGAGUGCCACAAUUUUAUGGAUGUGAUAGUAGAUAGGUAAUGGCUCGCUAUUGAUAAAGAUUCUCAGGUAAAAUUCUAUGGAGAUUCUUGGGCCACACUAAUUUAAUGGGGUGAUUAAGGUAAUACAAUGCGCUGUACAUAAUAAUAGUGAAAUGCAAUAGUUUAAGUUUAGUUUUCGUUAUAGGUGUUUUGCUAUAUUUAAUUGUCGUUAUCUUUUAAAGCUAUAAGCUCAAGAAGACAGACAUAUCAUGGUGGGGGGAGUUAGCUUCGUUUGAUAAAGUUGGGGAUUUUAUUGAAGCGUUUUGAUAAGAUUGACUUUAGUGUUUAAGAGGCUAAAUUAUAAUUUGGAAAAUGUUUCCUAUUUAUCGGAUUAUUUUUUAUUGUUUCUACGCAUUUUAUGGUUUGUUCCUUUUUGUUAUUUAUUUCUGCUUCUUUAUUAAUUUAUUAAUUAAGUAUCUACUUUAAUCGAAACCAUGCAAUUAGAAAAGCUGAAAUAAUAUUCAGUUGGGUAGAUCUCGAAGCGGCAUCGAGGAGCAUUCCAUUUGUAUCAAUAACAAUAAAAUUACUGAUAUUAUGUAUUGAAGGCAACUAUGUACAGUCGCCAUCAGAUAUAUCGGAGCGGCCAAGGUGUUCACAAUAUCUGAACGCGCACUCUAACGCCUUGACAAUAGAGGCGUGUUCAGAUAUUUGUGAACACCUUGGCUGCUCCGAUAUAUCUGAUGGCGACUGUACUGAGCAAUUGUCUAUUUUAGAACACCAUUGAACCGUAAGCCCAGUUUUGUCUGAAAACUGAUAUACUUGUACGAGUAUAGGUAUUAAUGUUUUACGAAACACAAUAUAACAAAAAAAAAAGAAAUUUGGCUCCUGUUCGCCGCAUUGUACAGUCACGGACUUUAAUUGUUGAGCCGUUUAGGGUUUACUUUACAUUGGACAUUUCAUACCGUUAGUAUAAUUAACCAAAUUAGAUUGAACUCUAAAUGGCCCAACCGUUAAAGUCCGCGACUGUGCCUACUAUUGUGUAAGUGUAAGUAUAGUUUAGAGUCAACCAAUGCAAAGUGUUGUUCUGUAUUCUAUGUUCGUUGUGAUUUUAAGAACGGCAGCUUUUAUUUUAAGAACUUCAGAUACCAUUCCUAGAGAUUAAGAACAUUAAAAGACAAAACAAUGUACUUCAUUUAAUGUGCAAAACGUAAUUUGAAGAGUUGAUUUCAUGAAUUUUGACACGAUGUUUCUGUCUCGGAAAUUUGGUAAUAUGUUAGUCUUCGAAGGCCGAGAAAAUAUGAUACACGCUCUUAUUAUGACUCUACAAAUAAGAUCUUGUCAGAUAUUUGAGCGGCCUUCGUUGUGUAACAUAUUAUUGCAGGUGACUGUACCUAUACCCCAUUUAUAUUUUUCAGAUUAGAAAUUUUAUAACCCCAAUAGUAGUCGUAAUUUUAUUAUUCCAAAUCUGAGUAACUACAAAUACGCACCGAUUAUAUAGUCGUUUACAUAUUAUUCUACCUACCGCAAUAUUAGAUAUCAGGAAUAAUGCGAGGAUUACGGAAGAAAAAUUUAAUUACCACUACUUUUUGAGGUAAGAAAAUUUUUAAUUUAAAAAAACGGGCUAUACUAUACAUAAAUUAAGUAUUAAGUAUUUCACUUGUUUUUUCGGUUUCGUUUUGCACAAUUUCAUAGAUAGCAGCAUCCAAGGAUUAAAGAUUGAUUGACAAAAAGGAAGAAUAGUCUUAAUAAAAUAUAUUUAAAAUAUUUAAAUAAAUGGUGGUAUCGUAUCGUAAUGCUAGCCAGCUUAUUUCGUAAAUGUGAAAAGCGAGCAGUCGUUAAAGAUGUAUUUGUAUUUAUUAAAUUAAUACGUGCUGCUGUGUUAGUAUAAGUGCUACGUAUUGUUGUAAAGAAGAUGGAUGUAUGUCAUAUAUAAGAGAAGUCGACUUGCCAAAGAUGUACCUACAAUGUUUUAAGAUGUAAAAUGUAAGUAGGUAUAGAAACAUGAAUACUGUUUUCGAAGCGUGUUUCUGUUGAUCGUUUAUAAAUUAAAAAUGAAAUGAUUCGACAA